AUGGCAGCAACCACCCGAAAACCUAUCCUCAUAUCAGGCGCAGGUCUCUCCUCCCUUCUACUCGCGCAAUCCCUCCUGCGCGCUUCGAUACCCUUUCAGAUAUUUGAGAGAGACAGCUCAAUCUCCUUUCGAGCACAGGGAUAUAGACUUCGCCUAUCCUCGGCAGGUCUAGACGCCAUUGAAUCUGUCCUCGGACCAGAGAAAUGGGCAAGAUUCUGGGAUACAUGCGGGAAGACUGGAGGUGGUGGAUUUAGUGCUAUCAAUGCGACGACAGGGGAGACUAUUCCCGAGCCAAUGCAUGCGUCAGCAAAGAAUGGGGAGGACAAAACCAACGUCUCGAAAGAAGUUCUUUCAUCGCACGAUGGAAAAAUUGUAGGAAUAUCAAGAGGGGAUAUGCGCAAGGAGUUUAUGUCAGGUUGUGAGCCUUUCAUCAACUGGUCUCAUCACGUCACAAGUUACGAGUUAACGCCAUCUGGCGUUCACGCCGUCUUCGCAGACGGUUCCAAAUCGGUUGAAGGGGAAAUGCUGGUUGGUGGUGAAGGCAUUUACUCCAAAGUUGCGAAGCAGGUCAGUAAGGGAGCCUUGAAGGUAUAUGACACAGGUGCGAGAGGAAUACACGGGCGGGCACCCUCAUCUGCCUUUAAAGGAAUUGGCGAAGGUGUUUGGCGAAUGAUAGAUGACACAAACCCCAAGGGAAAAGUGUUCGUGAUUACCAACGUACGACCAGGCGAAAUGGACGAUCCAAGUGUCCAGUUUGGAUGGACCAUGGGGGCUAAUCCGGGUGUUAUCAAUGCCCCAAACGAUGACUACUCUUUGAUCGGUACUCCAGCAGCUAAGAUAGCCAAGGAGUUUACAGCAAAUUGGUACCCGCGACUACGGCCCCUCUUUGAUGAGAUGGUUGAGUCUGAGGCUGCAUUUUGGAAGAUCACUUGCUCCACGCCAACUGGUGUUCCAGAAUGGGAGAACGAACCCCGCGUUACUGUCAUUGGAGACGCUGCGCAUUCCAUGACUCCAGCCGGGGGCAUAGGAGCCAACACCGCUUGCAGAGACUCUGCGCUUCUGGGUAGGCUUCUUACUGAAGCAGGGGGGUACAAAGAAGGUGUGACUGCUGCAUAUGAAAAGGAGAUGAGAGUUUAUGGUAGUGAAGCGGUGGGUCAAAGCUAUGGAAUGGCGAAAGUUGGGUUUGGAAUCUCAAUUGAUGAAAACACAAAGACUGUCUAA